GUGUUCAGUGUCUGUGUAUAAUAUUCGCCUUCAUCCGACAAAAUUGAUACAUCAGCGAAAGGAAAGGCGGUUAAAAAGCAUACUGGGUAAAUCCAGUUGAACUGAUCCAUUUGCUGGAGGCGUUUAUACUCCUUGGGCUUCACUUGUCCGCACUUCACAUGGCACCACAGCGUGCAUUGGUCGUGCAUUGAUGGUUUCUGUCAAUCACUUUGUUACAAACAGAGCAGUUUGUAGGGCCAGGAUUUAAUUCAAUGUCUCCGCUGACAGUAACACGCGUAACUUGAAAUCUUGAAUCAGAAUUCGGGUAAUACUGUGCUUGUGACGCCAGGAAGCUAGCUCUCCGACGAACGAGACAAUCCAAAAUGGCGGGCUUUACAGACAUGUCCGUCAAGGCGUAAGAGCCGUAAAGGCAGUGAUACGUUUGCAAACAAGGAACCAAAAUUCAUUGGCCUGUGGAGUAUUGUUUUACCUUUCGCUUCAUUGCCAGGGCUGGUUCAUCCUUGGAGACCCAGGGGCUGUGAGUCGAUUUCAGCCCCUGGGUCUCCGAGGAUGGGGCUGGUUACGUUCAGGAGUAAGAACAGAAUAAAAUGCCAAAAGUAUCGAGAGAAAAAAGACAAACAUCCACUCGCCAUUUUGACCGCUGACCUUACUGCCACAUACGUAACUGUUACGUUAAAUGUAGCCAAAGAAUGCCUAAAUGAGUUUGUACUACAUCAUAUUGCAAACAGCGAAAAGGCCAUGGAGUUGCACAUUCAGCACAUUUCCGCGCACAGAGGUCUGGAAACAAGGAAAGUUUGGCAGUUGAAGGCAGUUCAGGUUCACCAUGGCUUCCCGAAGUAACGUAGAAGACAACUUGCGAGGGUCGAUUUUCUCGAUCGAAGCAUCUAAAGAUCAGAGCUCUCCUUCUAUGAGGAAAGGAACAGCCUUUACGGUGAAACUAGAAGGAUCAUCUACAACGCAUUUGAUGACUUGCUGUGCGGUAGUUGAACAAAGUGGCACAACUUCUUUAAGCAAUCUAACUUGUAAGCGAUUUGGCCAGUCUCCUCAAGAGCGGAAACAUCCUAUAAACCCAGAUUCAGAAGAGUCCUUGAAAACAGAAGAUUUCCGCUUUAUUCCUUAUGAAUCUUCUAUGAACUUAAAAUUAAUCAGCGCCGAUAAGGUUCGCAGAGAUGGUAAAAUGAGGACACGGAAGCCUGCUUGCCAGUCAUUUACAUUCUUUGGAAAUUCCUUCACGACCAUGAAUUGGAAAUUCAAAAAUGAAGAAGGGAUUUAUGCUUUAACCAAGGUGGAUCCUGAGGUGGAGCUUGUUGCGAGUUCUUGCAGAGGAUCGCCUGUAGUUUCCAUCGACGAUCUAGGGACGGUUGUAGGAGUGGUGGCCUGCUCGUCAAAUGGAGACCUUGAGUUGCUCUUCUUCGAGGCAAAACUUUUACGUGAAAUAGAAGAACAACUUAAAGCCAGAUGUUCAGAUGAAAAUGGAUUUGAUGUUCCAGACUCUCCUAUGAUUCCACGUGAUCCAACGCCAUCUGCCCCUCCGUUUGUGCCGCAAAAUACACAUCCAGGAGAUCCUGGAACUAAUGAAUCAACAUCAAAUGCAAGUUUAGUCCGAGCUUUUUCACAUGCAUCAAUUCAGGAAACAACUCCACAAGAAUCACAGGCACUCUCCCAAGAAGGAAAACCAGAAGAAAGCAGAUGUAUUUGGGAUCCGCUGGUGCAAUCUGUGAGAUAUUUCCAAGAUUUGUUGACCUAGCUCAAGAUACAUCUGGACCCAAAGAGGGAUCUUGGGGGAGAUUAUCGUACAUUAGCUAGUACAUUUGGAAAAGACAUGUCUAAAAUUUGGUUUUUGGGAUCAAUACCAAGUCCUGUUGAGGAACUGAUUCAAGACUGUCGUCCAACUGUAAGACAGCUGUAUAUUAAACUAGGUAGUGAUCAGGUCAUACGAAAAGAUGUCUCAAAGAUAGUUGAGGACUGGGUUAAAAAGGAGCGUUGCAACUGUGAAAAAUGUGGUUCUCUUUGUUAGAGUUUGGUCUAAGUUGGAGGUGUAAUUUCUUUUAUCGUGGUCUUCUUAAAGCGGAACACAAGAUUUCAUCUGGUAUUGCUCGGAAUCGCACUAGUCCUAUAGAUAAUGCUAACUUAAUUUAUUUGAAGAUAACUAUUUUGCCACUAGGUAAUGGAAGUUGCCCAUUAAGCAUGGAAAUGGUACUUCAUGUCCAAAUCAUCCAUUUAACUUUUACAGUAAUAUUUAAAAUUUUUAAGUGCUAGUCUAGAUAGUUUCCCCAGCACAAAAAAAAAAAAA